AUGUUACAUCAUUUCCGUUCCGCCUCUCCUCCUCCUCCUCCUCCUCCUCCUCCUUUCUUUUUCCACCUCUUCCUCCUUCUCCGUCUGUGUCGUGUCAUUUCAUCACGAUGGCGAUUCUUUCUUUGCUUUUUCUUCUUUCUUUCUUUCUAUUUUUGUCUCUCUGUCAUUCUUUUCUUUUUACUUCCUUUCUUUCUUUCUUUCUAUUUUUGUCUCUCUGUCCUGUUUUCUUUCAUUCUUUCUUUUUCUACUUCCUUUCUUUCUUUCUUUCUAUUUUUGUCCCUCUGUCCUGUUUUCUUUCAUUCUUUCUUUUUCUACUUCCUUUCUUUCUUUCUUUCUAUUUUUGUCUCUCUGUCCUGUUUUUCUUUAAUUCUUUCAUUGUUUUUCUACUUUCUUUCUUUUUUAUUCAAGUAUUCUGUUGGAAUUAAUACAUAUUUUUUCAUUCUCUGUCUCUCUCUCUCUCUCUCUCUCUACUAG